CUGUGACAUUAACAAUAACAAUCCUUGUUUGUAUCUUUACAUAAAAAAUAAUCAUUUGAAAUUGAUAUGCAUUUGUUCAAACUACAAUAUAUUGUAUGAUUUUUCAUUUACAAGCGUUUUUAGGUUAUCCCAGUCGAUCUUCGCAAGUUCAAACACUCAACAAACAAUAAGCUUGUUUAUUUAAUUUAAUAUUUUACGUUGUUCUGUAAUUGCGCCACCUGAUGCAUUCUGGGUCUUGCAUGGGAAACACGAGUGCCACAUUCCCGCAGUCUGGACGUGUGCUUGAGUUCACGGAAGUUUAAGGUAAGAAUAAAGUUUUCCAAUAAGCGUCUAUGUGAGAUAGUGCUGUCUUUUUCAGCUUUAAUAAUGUUUUAUGUAGUUUUUUUUCAUGCUCUGGCUCGGAACGCCCGCCAACAGAACUUCCAGAAAUUACACGCAGCCCGAUAUUAAUGCAUUGAAUUUCAUGAAGAGCGUAAAUAUCUUGAAAAAAGGAAGGUGUAGCUUGUCUUUUUUAACGUGUUUUCAUGUAACUAGGGACAUUUUUCCUCUAUUAACGAGCUAAUUUCUUCGAACAACUGUCAGUUAAGUAACAGCUGAAUGCCGGAGAUUUCCCGAACAGAAGAUCCGGGGGCUUUUUUACUUUUUGUAGCCCAUAAAACCUCUGUCUCUAAACUGGAUGAAGAUAUUCUAACUACGGAUUAAGAUUCAACAUGUCCGUCAGACUUCGGGUCAUGCUGCAGGAAGAAAUUCGCAAGCUUCUCUUGCCCUUGGGAAUCCCUCAGACUGUGGGGGAAUUGAAGACUAUUUUACAAGAGACAUUUGAAAUUAAACAAGAUUUUACUAUUCAGUUUCAGGACCAAGAUUUUGAUGGUCAGUUUUUUACUUUACUUGAAACUAAGGAUAUAAAGGACAAAGACACUAUCAAGGUGGUUCUUAUUGAACCAGUGAUCACACUAACAUUUGAGGAUUCUUUGACUGCAAAAGGAGUCCAUCAGAGUGUUGAUUCUAGUUUUGUAGAGUCAUCAGAGGAUAGCUUUUCCACAGCAUCAACCAUAAUUCUGUCUUCUCCAGAGAGCGCCUCCUCCCUUCGUUCAGAGUCUUGGCCUGCUCAGUUUGAGAUACCUACUUUCUCCUUUGAUACUGAACUCAUUCUGCAAGCUGCAAAUGAAGCUUACAGUAAGGACGGAACCUUACUCAACAAUCCUGCAGUAAAAUCCAACAUACUGGACAAACUAGCAGAUAGCAUCUUUGUUUACACUGCCUAUCCUUCCCAAGCACAAAGGGAGCAGGUUGCCGAGGCCCUGGUUGCAAAGCACCCAUGCUUGAGGGACCCAGUAUCCUCCAAUGGUUUAUACAGUUGGCACAACAGCUUGAAGUAUAAGCUUGGCAAUUACAGAGCAAAAGUGAGACACCUUGGACUACCAGAGCUGAAUGUAAACUCUAGAAAGAAAAAAUGGACUGAAGACUCCAGCUCUCCAUGUAGAAGCUUGAAAAAGGCAAAGAAAUCUGAGGUAAACUACCUCCCACCUCACCCUCAAGGUGAAACCGAUGCAACACUUGAGAAGGAGCGAGUGGACCUUCUCUAUGAGUGCAAGAAGCGAGACAAUAACAAAGUCAUAAAUGAAAAGAUAGCAAAAACCUUCUCACUGCGUCGAAGUGAUGUAAUCCUCAACAAACCACCUGUGAUUGACUUCAAAGCUCGAUGGCCCGCCUUGUUUGAAUUUUCCCAGAUAGAGGAGGAAUUCCGCAGGAUCACACUGAAGCCACUGCAAUCCACAUUCUUGGGCAAGUUGGACCAAUACACACCCAAGCUGUUGAGCCUGUACAGGAGGAAGGGUGGAGCCGUGGGGAAAAAACUUGAGACCCUUGACAUGUUAAAUGAGGACAGCAACAUCGAGUCCCGAAGAGAAGUUGUGAUAAGGGGCCUCAUUGUCUACCUUGGUGAAAACAUAGGGGAGUUAAUCAAGGACUUCAAGGUUUUCAAUGACGACGAUGCUGCAGCUGUCCAAGAAGCCAUUACUACAUUUGUCCUCGGCAUCUUUGUGGUCAGCAAAGCAAAAGAAGAUCUCCCCAAGCAAGCUGGAAUAGCCAUCGAAGGAGCAGAAAUCCUUUUUGGUAUCCCAGAUGUGGCUCAUGCUUGCACCUAUCUGAUGGGCCUUCUCUAUGCCUUGGACCUAAGGUACCCUAAUAAACUGAAAUAUACAUUUGAGGUCUUUCAGAAGAUCUUUCUGGAGCUGGAGGAUGCAAACAAAAAAAUGUCUUCCAAAGUCCACGAUCAAGGUCUGUUUGCAUGCUUAAAAGCCAUACAGAUGAUGUUGAAGGUGUAGAUUUUGACUGAACUCACUCGUACCAAGUUGUGCUAAUAGGUUUACACUGCAUAUUCUGAGGUUCCCCUAAUGCUCUCAGGUUACACUUUUCAUUUUCGUAUCUCUAAUAUGCAGAAAAAUAUUACAUUUAAUUUAAAAAGAGUAUGCUGGCACAUGCCUUAUUUUGUUAUGUAUUGUUAAUUUAAUUUUUGAGAGCUGCUGGAUUUUGCUUUGAUUUUUGCCUCAUCAGUGUACAGUAUCUGUAACCGUGAAUAUGAACGUUACUGUUAUGGUGUUCUGACCUCUAAGAAAAACUGUCAGUUUUGUUCUGAUAGCAUGUCUUGUACUGACAGCAAUUAUCCAUUCAGUCAGUGUUCAUAGCUCUGUGGAAUAGAUUUUUUUCUUUUAUUGUCAAAACUUUUAUUUUAUUUGAGCUAACUGACAAGUUUUGUUUUGGGUUUAGAUGCAUAAAUAAACCUGAGAUUGACUCUU